UUUAUAGCCUAGCCUAGGCUAUUUUCAGGUAUUUUUUAUUAUAUGAUUGUAUCUAUGAUAGGCCUAAUUGGCAUGCUUUACUAAAACUGAAAAGGGGGAAAUUAUUAAUACAUCAAUAGUCUAGCAGUCUAAACGGAGGAAUGUUGAAUAGGCCUAUGCUUACUUUACAGCCUAAUUAGAUAGGCCUAAUGAACGUGACUCGGAAAUCAAAAUCUAAAAUUGUUAUGCCUGUAAACAGUGAGGAGUUUGCUUGAACCAUUAGGGAAAUCGGACUGUACCAAACUUAAGGGGCCAAGUCUAAUAUGAGUCGAUUUCUUUUUUAUGAUUUUUUUAGCGUCGUUUGCAGAUAGGAUGUAGUCGAUCCAUAAUAAGACAUAUUUCGUUAAAAUCAAUAGGGUAGGGAAAUACACCAAGAAAUUAAUCUUUGAUGUCCUUAGAAAAAAAUUCACGCCCUUUUCACAUACCCUAUUCCAAAGUGCACGGUCUGCACUGUGAAGCGAGCUGGAAGAAGUUCGCCUGUAGGAUGCGGUGAAGAUGGCGAUGAACGUGAAGAGCAAGGAUGCUGUAAUUCAAAGUAAUGACUACAGCAGAAAUUACAGUUCACAUCAUAUAAGCUAUGGGAACAGUAGCCAUUACUUCCCCCACAUAACAGGCCUGCAGUCUGUUCCCAAAACUCCUCUGAGUCUGAUGUGUCAGCAGCAGCAGCCGCUCCAGCCCCAGCCACAAGCACAGCCCUUCCGGCCGCUGUCCACCCCUCAGCCCUUCGGACCGCCGCCUGUGAUGCUCUCCUCGCCAGAUGUGCUGCACUACCCCCUCUGUAGCGCGAUGCCGGCCAAGCCGCACCCCCACCUCCAGAUGGUUCAUAGCCCGCCGCAGGUACCCCCGUUGCCCCCCAUACCCCCGGUGUCUGCGCUGCCCGUGCCCGUGCCGGGCCCUAGGCCCCUGGAAGAGGAGUGCCAGACGGGGGGCUCGGAGCAGGAUGCCACCUUGGAGGAGCUGUGCAAGCCGCUCUACUGCAAACUGUGCAACGUCACGCUCAACUCCGCGCAGCAGGCCCAAGCCCAUUACCAGGGAAAAAACCACAGCAAGAAACUGCGGAAUUUCUAUGCUGGAAGCCAGCAGCCUCCUCCUAUACGAAUACCUGAGAUAGCAGAGCCCGUCUCCCAGCAACCAAACUCAACCCCACCAACAGAAAGUGCCACAUGUAAGCAGCCGGUAUCCUUUAAGGGCGCAGGGCGGGUGAUACUGGCCACAGAGAAUGACUACUGUAAGCUUUGCGACGCAUCCUUCAGUUCACCUGCAGUGGCACAGGCGCACUACCAGGGCAAGAACCAUGCCAAGCGACUGCGCCUGGCAGAGGCCCAGCAGAGCACCAGCUACUCAGAGUCGUGUGAAUCAGGCCAGAGGCGGACUAGGAAAGAAGGAAGUGAGUUCCGUCUGAUCAAGAACCGCAGAGCACCACAUGCACCUCCUGUCAUACCAGGGCCCUACUACAACCCACGGCCGAGGCAGCGUAUCCCACGUGACCUGGCAAUGUGCGUGACGCCCAGCGGCCAGUUCUACUGCUCCAUGUGCAACUCAGGGGCCAGCGAGGAGGCCGACUUUCGCUUGCAUCUGGAGAGCAAGCAGCACAAGAGCAAGGUGUCCGAGCAGCGCUACCGGAGCGAGAUGGAGACCCUGGGAUACACCUAGAGGGGCUUCUAGCUCAGUGUGUGUAUGGGUGUGUGUGUUUGUGUGUGUGUGUGUGUGCUAACAUGGUGGGAUCAGGGACAUGGAACAAGUCUGUAAUUGUGGGGAGUUUAGGGAACAGGGUAAAACCUUGAUUGUGUGUGUGUGGUGGCGUGUUUGAGUGUGCGUGCUUGGUUAUUUUGGUUGCUGGAGAGGUGAAGCGUGUUUCUCCAUUCCACUUUUGAGACUAAUAUUCGGUUUUUAAUGUGCUGUAACUAAUGCAGUAGUGUUAUGUUUAUUUAAGUAUUUAUUUAGAAAAGUUAUUCGCACAUUCUUGUACCCAAAGCUGCAGUUCAUGUAUGUUUACUAUCAUGUGUGUUUACUGAUGUAUUUACGUGGGUGUCAUGAAGCCAACAGAGAAGGCUAGGUGUCGACUCUUAAGUGCAGCAUCAGCACUUUAUUACCACUCCGUAUCAACAGGGAUGGCUUCUCUAAACACCAAGACAUCGGAUCCCUGUAUCCUUUGUGAGACUGUGUUGAUAGGCAUCAGUCAUCAGUAAGAGCAAUUGAAAUUGUGCUCACCACUUGACCCUGUGACAAAUCACAGCAAGAGCAGCUUUGCAAUCUGCAUUUGUUUUGCACAAAUUAAGAGGAAGACCAGCAGUGUUCCGAUGUACAAGGCCAGUUUUGACACGCAGUGUUGACAGCCGAUCAGUUCUCUUGUGCCUCAGCACUCUUCCCUUGCGUUGCUUGUUGUUGUGUUUACACUGUAGCCACAACGGACUUAAUAGUCUAUUUGAAGGUACCUCCAUCUAGAUGCUCAGCGUGCUGGAAUUACAAGAACCUGGAGUAUAUUUUCUGUGUGUGCUACUUUUUUGAAAGUAUGCCACUGCACAGCGAAGAUUAGUUAGUUGGUGAGAUUGGUUGUGAUUGGCUGGCUGGGGUGCAUGGGAGGUUCUUAGUGCAGUAAACCUUGGGAGAAGCUAAUGAAGCAGCCCAAAGUGCAGGUGACUCUAAGUCCUCCAUUUCUCUCAGCUCAGCACUUAGCUUUGCUACCAAAGUUUUAAUAAUUGUGACGAGACUCUCCAAGAAAAGCAAUUAAUGGAUGUGUGGUAUCUAACACCAGGGCCACAGGAGCGUAGCAUUGUGAUCCAUGUGGAUUUGCUUACGGGAACAUGACAUCAGAUACUGUGAGAUCUUCUCAGCUCAGUGACUGUUCAACAAUAGUUAGACCACGUUCAGCCUGGUGCACUGCUGACAAACACUCUGGACGGAAAUGUCAGCGCUGAGUAUUGUUCAGGGACUAACUUCUAACUGCUAACAUUACAGUCUUUCCGUUCCAGGCAUUAUCAAUUGAUAAGAUGCCAUCUAGAGUAGUUGGACACUACUUAGGGACAUUUCAGUUUUGAUAGGUCAGAGGGAUUUUUAGCUGUCUUUGUAGUUUCUCCUCCACCCCCAGGUUCAUUGUGCAAUAUCUGAAAAACCUGAUCAGGUUUAUCAUCUUAAUUUAAUAUAUCUAUAAAUACAA